GGGACAGGAAGCAGACUUCGCUUUUUUGGGACCAUUACCCCCACCUCACCCCCUGACUACCUCACAGUCAUAGUCAAGAGGUUCAGAAAGGAGGUGGACGAUAGCCAUGAAGUGGGGCUGGACAAUAUUGGGGGUCCUCCUCUCCUUGGUGGCCCUGUCCUGGGAGAAGGGUCUGGAGAUCCCAGAGUAUGAUGGCAAGGACCGCGUUCACGCCCUCAGCUCCAAGAACUACAAGUCCGUCAUGAAGAAAUAUGACGUGAUGGUCAUCUACUACCACAAGCACGUGGACGGAGACCGCAAUGCCAUGAAGCAGUUCCAGAUCGAGGAGCUGGCGCUGGAGCUUGCAGCUCAGGUUCUGGACGAUCUGGACGAUGAAGACAUUGGAUUUGGCUUGGUGGAUGAAAAGGAGGACAUUGGAGUUGCAAAGAAGCUUGGCCUGGACGAGGUGGAGAGCCUUUACAUUUUUGCAGACAACGAGAUCAUUGAGUAUGAUGGCGAGCUGGCGGCGGACACUCUAGUGGAGUUCCUCUAUGAUGUGAUCGAAGACCCUGUGGAGAUCAUCGACAAUGAGCGGGAGUUGAAGGGCUUCAACAACAUGGAUGAGGUCAUCAAGCUGGUGGGCUAUUUCAAGAGCGAGAAAUCCCCUCAUUUCAUCGAGUAUGACGACGCCGCUGAGGAGUUCCACCCCUUUGUUAAAUUCUUUGCCACCUUUGACCCCAAGAUUGCCAAGAAACUCAAGCUGAAGAUGAACGAAGUCGAUUUCUAUGAGCCGUUUAUGGAUGAAUCCGUGACUAUUCCAGGGAAGCCCUACACCGAGGACGAGCUGGUGGAGUACAUCGAACAGCACGACAGGCCCACACUGAGGAAACUGGAGCCUCAUAGCAUGUACGAGAUCUGGGAGGAUGACAUCGAUGGAGAGCACAUUGUGGCCUUCGCCGAGGAGGAUGACCCAGAUGGUUUCGAGUUCCUGGAAAUCUUGAAGGAAGUGGCGCAAGAGAACACGGACAACCCCAAUCUGAGCAUCAUCUGGAUUGAUCCUGACAACUUCCCGCUGCUGGUUCCUUACUGGGAGAGGACCUUUCACAUCGACCUCUCGUCCCCUCAGAUCGGCGUGGUGGAUGUAGAAGACGCGGACAGUGUGUGGAUGGAAAUGGACGACGAUGAUGAAAUGCCCACAGCAGACGAGCUGGAGCAGUGGAUUGAGGACGUCCUUUCGGGAAAGAUCGACCCUGAUGAUGACGACGAGGAGGAAGAUGAUGAUGAUGAUGAUGAUGACGACGACGACGACGAUGAUGAUGACGACGACGAUGAUGAUGACGAUGAUGACGACGAUGAUGAUGAUGACGACGAUGAUGAUGAUGAUGACGAUGAUGACGACGAUGACGACGACGACGAUGACGACGAUGAUGACGACGACGAAUAAAAACAUCGCCAUCAUCUUCCACUUCAGUACACCCGAGAGUUGUACCAAUUUUUCAGACGCCUGACGUCAGUUGGAGUUCACGUGCGGGAUACAAAUGCAGCGACCCCAAGAUGGCGCCGUCAAUAUCAGUCAAAAGGGAGAAGCAAACUGACGCGGUUCAAACUGUGUUGUCUUAUCACUGAAUUAAAACCCACACGUGUUUGCCUGACAAGCUAACUGACGUUUUUGUACCUCGUGUCACAUGACCACAGUUCAUGCACCUUCUUUCCUUUUGUUCAUGCAGACCUUGACCGUUUUUUUUACCUAAAAGAAAAAAAAUCAUAUACUUCCUUGGAAUUGUCUCAAAGGUAUUAAUAAUAAUAAAAAAAAACGGAGAGUCCCAUGAUGAUGCUGUUGAGAAUGUGGUUCAUGAAGUCGGUGUGCGUGUGUGUGUGUGUGUGUGUGUGUGUGUGUGUGUGU